AUUUUCCAGUCGUUAAUAAUUAAUCGUAUUGUCUUUUUUAUUUAGCUUCUAUACCUGUACACAAAAUCAUCUGUUUAAUUUAAUAAGCAAAAAAUGCUCGACUAUCCGCCCGUAUACAGCGCCAACCAGACCGGUAACAAUUCCUAUGGGUACGUCACGCGUAUCAGCGCCCUACAGAACCUUGUCAAAAGGAAGCGCUAUGACAUAUCUAUUUGGCUGCAGUCGGGGCUCAGCGUCAUUUAUGCGACCGAGUUGGUCUAUUACUUUAUACGGCUUCGGAGCGUGGCAGGCGCGCGGGCAGCAUCAUGGCGAUCCGGCCUGAUGCUCGUUCUGCUGAUAAUGGACAUUGCUUUGAUCUGGCUGACUGUGCGCAGCAAAAAGUUGGAUAUGUGCGGCCACAGUGUGCAGGCCAAUUUUUCAGCUGCUAAUGGUGUUGGAAUGGGGCCUCGCGGCUAUAACGUCGAGGGCAAUAAUCCCUUUGCAACACCGCUUCACAGAAUUGGCGCGCAUGCUGACGGCAACCACGCCACGCAUCUUCCCGAAUUAGGACGCAGCCAUGAGCCGUCUCCCUAUGUGCCCGCACCCCGUGCGCCAGAACCAGCGCAUGCCGAACUGAGAAGCCACUUGCACACACCCAUCACCGGGUAAAGCAAAAAAUAUUGAGCACGACCAUGGCCACAUCAGCAGCCGAUAAACAAGUUUUGAAAUAAAUUCGAUUGAAUA